UUUAAAUGAAAAAAAAAUUGAAAUAUAAAAUUAUGAAGUGUUUCCUUUCCUUUGAAAACGGAGAGAGAAUCUGUAUGAAAUGCAGAUAGACUGAACAUGCGAACCGUAACAUUUAAUCGUUAUAUAAUUUUUAUAAUUUUGCAGAGAAUAAAAUCUAAUAAUUAAAAUUUCAUUGUCUCAAAAUAAGUCUGUUGAAAUUAAUACAUGAAGAUAAAGAAUUUUACUCUCGUUUUCCUUCGCAAUUUAUCUGCAUCGCUAUUUAGAGCGGACAUAAGUAUUAUUGUUUUGUUCAAACAACAUACUUCGUUGAAUCGAUUUCGCGAUCAAUAACUUUCCGCGUUACUGACUCUUCUGCCGUUGAUCUUGGUGCGCGGAGAAGCGCGCCCCGACCAGAAAGAGAUCCUGCGUGUUGAGCUCAGUGUCGUCCCAUCUACUAUAUUGAUCUACCUGUCUCAGGGUUAUAUUCGGCCGCGUGUUUCAGCGCAGUACCCUCCGGUCCUUCACCACAGUAUCACCGGGAUCUCGUUUUCUCGCCAACGACGUGACCCGCGAUUCGCAUCGCGUUUCCGUCCUAUUAAAGAAAAAAGAAACUAUCGCAGUGAUUAUUGUUCUACGAUAAUAAUGUAGAUGACUUUAAGUCAUCGCUCUCUUUUUCGCGCAUACCGUAAUUUGGUGAAUACCGUUAGUCGCGCGUUCAUUUCGUACAACGUACGAUGCAUAAUUAAUGGUCUUUCUAUCCUUAUUAUUAGUACGAUGGAUCGAUGGUGACCUGAACCAAGUAGUUGUACACUUAGUCGAUACUACUUAACUUAAGUAGUAUUGUUGAAAUAGUUCAAGACGUUCUAUAUUUAUUUCUCUAGUUAGAGUUUUGAUUAAUGGAGUUUCGCAACAAUUCAGUGCGUUUUUAACACAUUCCCUUGUUUACUUCAUUUACUUCUUUAUUUGUGUCGUGCCAUGUGUUAAAAGAAAAACUUAAUUUUUGAGUAGUGUCGAAACAAAUUUCACGGACUGACAUAUUUUUGAGAAUUUUUGUCGAUUUCGCGUUUUAUGAAAUAACUACAAAAAUCAUCAUGCAUCCGCAAAUUUUGUCGUUUCGAUGAGAAAAUGCCACGAUGCUGCGGCGCUUCUUUGGUUUCCGCCGCGGAUGGCAAUGGGUCUCCGCAGAGUCUUGGUCUGCAGAUCCAGGACGGAAACCCGCGAAACAAGACAGCCCUAGCACCGGGUCACAGUUUGAUGGAUUGGAUCCGUCUGGGUAAUUCGGGAGUCGAUUUAACUGGAGUCGGUGGUGUACCACGAGUCGUAACGUUAUCUGAGCUUGCUAAUCAUAAUAAGCAAACUGACGCUUGGAUAGCAAUUCGAGGAAUUGUAUUCAAUGUUACGCGUUAUAUGGAUUUCCACCCAGGAGGAGUCGACGAAUUGAUGAGAGGCGUCGGGAAAGACGCUACGAAAUUAUUCGAAAACGUGCACGCUUGGGUGAAUUAUCAGAGUAUUCUGCAAAAAUGCGUCGUAGGCAGAUUAAGCCGCGGCACUUCUUCCACUUCAAGUACUUCUUCCGUGACGGAAAAGUCGGUUACGGGUGCAAACAAUUGUUCAUCCGUGACGUUAGAUCUAAGCAAAAGUUCCGAUGCACAAAAAACAAUUGAAGAAAACUCAUCAGAUUCACCUAAUGUCAAUAUGGAUUGGCGGCAAACAUCUAAUUCCAUUACACUGUUUUAUCAAAUCGUGCACAAAUAUCAGGGAGUAUAUUACCAAUUACAGAGAUUGAGCGACUCAAAGCUUAUUUUUAAGCUUAUUUUUGAAAAGUACAUUAUCGUAGAUGAGCUGGAAUUAAUUGCAGAUAUAGAAUGGCCACCAAUAUAUAAAAGAGAUUUCGAUACCAUGCAGGUAGAUUUUACGUUAACAAAAAAGCUAAAAAACAUUUGGAAAUCUCAGGGAAAUCAUACAAUAUCACGAGAUACCAUUACAAAUAAACGCACCUACAAAGAGUACGAAGUACUGAGUAAUUCAUCCCUUUGCAAACUAGUUAAUUUAUUAGUCUUGCGUGCAAAAGAUUUUCUAGAACUAAUUCCCAUUGGUAGACACGUAGAAGUUAAACUGGAUGUAAUGGGAAUGGAAGUAUCAAGGUCAUAUACGCCUGUCCCACCGUGCCUUCAUCCUGAUGAUAUGGCGCCAAAUUAUAAGCCAGAUUGCAUUUGUUUAAUGAUAAAGCGGUAUCCAAAUGGUGCACUCAGUCCGUCCAUUACCAAAUUACAACCUGGCCAAACCCUUACAGUGAGCAAUGGUUUAGGUGCCUUUGUAACCGAAUCUUUCGAUCGGUAUUCUGUUAUUCAUUUGCUGGCAGGUGGAACGGGUUUAACUGCGAUGUUAGGAAUAAUUCAGCGAGCACUAGCGAGACGCAGCGUGAAACUUAUCAAUCUUCUAAACUUUAAUAAAGAUGAAGAAAAUAUGUUUUACGUGGCACAACUCGAUAGAGUAUCUGCAGAAAAGAAGUUCAAAGUUACACAUAUUCUGUCACAAGCAGGAAAUAAGUGGGAGGGCAAACGAGGCACUGUAUCCGAUGGGUUAUUGAAAGAAUUGAUUGGCGAGUGUUCAUCAGAAGGAUGUAUAUUUGUGUGUGGACCAAAAGGCUUUAUGCUAUCUGCUAAAAAGUGUAUUCAGAAACUUGAUUGGAAACCUUGUCAAAUACACGAAUUCGAUUAAUCGUCUGCGUUGAAAGUAUGCGAGCUGACCUAUUUCCUUUUAUUUCCAAAAAGCCUUCUUAGAGAGCCUAAUAAGAGAUGAAACUCGUACCUGUUGACCACACUGAUUUAGUUUAGAUGUAAUACAGAUGUUCUGUGACAGGUAUGUGAACUGUCUGUAAUGUACCAUUAAUCACUGUAUUUUUCUGGAAUCAUGAAGAUUUUUAAGCACUUUUACUCCCGUCUCCGCCCAUAAUGAAACAAUCUUGGCUGCGAUAAAUUGUAAUACUAUCUAAAGUAGAUUUACAUGUAAUUUUUCAAUUGUAAAGCAACCAAGAAAUAGGGAUAAAAUGUCGCGCGAUUUAGAUAAAAAAGACUAGAUAUAUAUCACAAAAUGUGGUAUAUUUUGGUUUUAUUAAAAAUAUUGUUUCGUACUUGUUCCGAGAAAAUCUUUCUUCAAAAGGGUAUGUUUUUAUUAAAUAGAAAUCUUGACAGGAAAAUAUAUGUACUGCAUAUAACAUACGUAUCAGUAUGAUGUAAUGUUGUUAUUGAUCUGUACCGGCAUUUGAUGUUUUUCAUGUAGAUUAGACUGUAGUAAAAUUGAAAUCAUAAUUUUAAGCUCAUUAGCUGUUGAGCUGUAAUCAUUGAACAGACGUAUAUCUUUUCUGUGAGAACCUUUAACCACGCCUAGUAUAAUGCACAAUUAAGUAAGCGAAAAAUGCAGUGCGUAAUUUUUAAUGUCGACAUUAUAUCUCCGAUUAUGUGAUUGUAGAGUGUAUAUUUCUUUCGUAAGUGAUUUUUAAUUAAUACAUUUGAUUAAUAUCUUUUUUAGGUAAAUAAUUAAGAUUAAACAAUUAUUCUUUGAGAAAAAUUUUUGCGUAGAAUGCUGUGCAUUUAUACGUGUAUAUACAUAUAUAU